CUAUUCCAAAAAUAACCCGGACAUUAAAGAUUAGGUUCCAUCAUCUUCUUACCCACUCUAUAUCUUCAACACUUGCAUUGCGGCUAGGGUUUCACCAAACCCUCAUCUAUCUCACUCCAAUCCUCAAGAUUUUCAAGGGUUUUUCUGGGUUUUCGAUCUUGAUUCGACAUGACAACCACGAAUUGGAAUUAGGGUUCUCUCUGUUAUAAAGAUUGAAACUUUGUAUCUUAAAGAUUUCAAGAAAGAACCGAACAAAUGGCGACCAUGAACCCUUUUGAUUUGCUCGGAGAUGAUGACAACGAUGACGUGUCACAGCUUGUGGAAAAGAUCGCUGCUGCGCCACCGAAGAAAGCUCCGGCCGCCGCCGCCGGUAAAGCCGCUGCGCCGCCGGCUAAGCUGCCGUCUAAGCCGGUUCCUCCGGCUCAAGCUGUGAGAGAGGCUAGAAACGAAGGCGGACGUGGUGGCCGUGGCGGUCGUGGGUACGGGCGUGGUGGCCGUGGCGGUCGUGGGUACGAUAGAGAUUCCGCCAACAACGAGGGUUCGUUUGGUAACCGUGCAAUCUCAGGUGGUCAAGGUGGUACUGAAGAGUCUAACGGUAGAUCUUUCGAGAGACGUGGUGGAUAUGGCGGUCCUCGUGGUGGUUUCCGCGGUGGUCGCCAAGGUUCUUUUGGUAAUGGAGAUGCUGAGGAUGGUGAACGUCCACGUCGCACAUUUGACCGCCGCAGCGGGACCGGCCAUGGGAAUGAAUUCAAACGUGAGGGAGCUGGUCGUGGAAACUGGGGAGCUCAGGCUGAUGAGAUCAAUCAUGAGAUUCAGGAAGCUGUGGUUGAAGGCGAGAAAACUGUGGCCGCUGAUAAGCCCACCGAGGAAGAAGCAAGCGAUGUGAAAAACGAGAAUCCUGCACCUGAAACUGUUGAGGAGCCUGAAGUUAAGGAAAUGACCCUGGAAGAAUAUCAAAUCGUUUUGGAGGAAAAAAGGAAAGCUCUUGCGGCACUCAAGACCGAGGAAAGGAAAGUGGAAGUCGACAAAGAUCUUGCAUCCAUGCAGCAACUCUCGAACAAGAAAACCAAUGACGACAUUUUUGUCAAAUUGGGUUCUGACAAAGAUAAGCGUAAAGAGAUUGCCGACAAAGAAGAGCGUACUAAGAAGUCACUCAGCAUCAAUGAAUUCUUGAAACCUGCUGAGGGUGAACGCCAGUACACUGGCGGCCGUGGGCGUGGACGUGGCGGUUCUCGAGGCGGUGGUCGUUUCAACCAAGGUGGUGGUGGUUCAAGCUACGCACCCGAAGCGCCAAAAAUCGAGGAUCCUAGUCACUUUCCCACCUUAGGUGGUAAGUGAGAGACCCUUGUUUUUAUACCGCCAUUCGUAUUUCAUGAAAAUUAUCUCGAAAUGGCGGGAAUACAACGAGAGUCAAGAAUAAUGCAAGUUUCAUGUGUCAAGUCUACUCCGCGUCUUAAAUGAGUGUUUUUUUGUGUUUUCAUAUGCUCUUUGUACUAUUUUGUUUCGGUCUUUUUGUUAGUCUGUCUUGUGUUCGGGUUUUAUUUAUGGUGUUUUUUAAAGUUUUAGAGAUUUCGGAGCAUAUGGAGACCAAUUAAUUUGUCGUUUGAGACGCUUGUUUCUCAAUUUUGUUUUGAAAUAGAUGAACGAUGAUUUUUACUUAUUUUGAUUUA